AUGGGUUUAUUGAAACCUAUUGACAUAGCGAAACAAAGAUAAGUGAAGGAUGAUAUAAAGGAGAAGGCGAAUAAGGCUCAAAAAAUUAGUUUGUUAACGAUGGUAGAAAAACAACAAUAAUAAGAAGAAGAAAAAGAUGUAAAUUAGGAUUUAACACUCUAGAGUUAGAAAUACGAAUUUGAAAAUUAUUUGGAUCCAACUUGCUAAUCUUUUUGGAAGAUAGCUUAUGAAGCAUUUAAUAAGAUAAUAAAAAAAUCAUAAAGAACUAAAUUAUAGGAUAUGGAUAUAGAAUAAGAGUCAGAUGAAUAGCCAGAUACGAUUCAAAAUGUCAAUAAUUAAAAAGGAAAUUUAAAUUAAGAAAGUAUUGAGUUGAGAAGAUAAUAAAUAAUUAGCAAAUAUUAAUAACUUGGUAAAUUGAAGGAUCAAAAUAAGAAGAAAAGCAAAUCAACAAAACAGUAUACUUAGAUUAAAUCAUUUAAGAUUAAGGACAAGUAUACUGAUUUAGAAAUGUUAAGAUUCAAUAAUUUGUUUAAGUUUUUGAUUCAGAAUUGGCCAGCAAUGCUACUUUAAUCAAUCAAAUUGCCUUAUGUUUAAUCAUUGUUUAAUGAUUAAGAGCUAAGAAAUAUCAAGAGCAUUGGUCAAAAUGAUUUAGGUUAUUUUGGAUUGAAGGCCAAAUAGAGAGCUGAUAUCACAAGUAAUUUGAUUGAAGGAGUGCGUGAAACUGAUAGUUUUAAGAUAAUAAUUGAAUACAGACAAGAAGUUACAGAGGCCGUUGGAUUAGUGCUGGAAAAUGUUCAAGAUGAAUUAAACAGUAUCAAUUAAGCAUUACAAAAGAAAGAUAGCCAAUAUACUCUACAAUAACAAUAGCAAUAUCGAAAGAUCUAUAAAUAAUAUCUUUAAUUAGUUGAAUUCAGUCGACUUUUCAUUAAUGGAUGUUUAUAUUUAGGUUCUGAUAUCCAUGGAUAUGAUUAUCAUAUAUUCUCUAAUGACAUUGAUCAUAUCUAUUAGAACAAUGGCUCAGAGUGGAGAGUAUUAGAUGAAAACUAAGUGUAAUAAUUAUUUAAGACUUUAAAUGUUUGUGGUGUAAAAGAAAGAGAAUUGUAAACCAAUAUUUAAAAGUUGAUGGCGUGUGAGUUGUUUAAUGAUUAGGACACUAAAGAAUUGAUCACAAUAAAAAAUGUUGAACAAUCAUAAGUGUAGGCUGGAAAUAGAAGUCCAAAAUAGUUAAUUGUCAAAAUAUUACUAGAAGUUGUGUAAAAGUAUACUGAUACUUUGAUGAUAAGAAAGUUGAGAUGGGAAUCAUACAAAAUCAGAGAAAAGUUUCAAAAUACAAUCAAAACACUCGAAAAUCCUUUAGAUAUGGUUGAUUUCAUGAAGAUUUUAAUUGAAUAGUUUGAAACUGCUUAAGUUUUAGUUAUAGAUUAGUAAAAGAUGUAGAAUGGAAAUCAAUAUGAUUAAAAAGAUUUAAAGGAAUUUCAGUAGAGAAUACGCAUAUAUGAGAAUAAAUUAUAAGGAUUGAAAGAACCAGAAAAGAUAUUAUUUUAUGAUAGUCAAUUAUUUUAAUUGAUGGAGUCUAAGGAAUAUAUCAAACCUAACGGGAUUAAAAGUAAUACAAAAUUCUGGCAAUAAAGUUUAGGAGUAGAAGUCAAAGAGGCUUUGAUGAAUUUUGCUAAUAAAGUUGAUAAAGAGAAUUAAUAAUAUGAUGUUGUAUUUAUGGCUAGUACUUUAUUAUUAGCAGUUUAAGAGUAUGAGCUCUCAAGUUCUUCAUAGGACAAUGAAGAUGAUGAAUUGCUUAGAUAAAUUGUUAAGGAAGUAAAAUUUGAUAAUUAGAAUUUGUUAUUGAAAACAGAUAAUCAUUAAGUUAAUAACUAAAUUAUUGAAUUAGAUUGA